UCCGCCGAACCAAAGGAUUUCGGAAAUCCGGGAUUUAGAGCGAAUCGGCGGAAUUUUCCGUCCACGGAGGAUUUCGUUUGCCGUGAGAUUUGGAUUUGCAUUUUAGGCCGUUUGGCUGGAUUUCGCCCAAAUCCGGCCUUAAAUCCGCCUAAAUCCGCAUACCAAACAGCCCCUAAGAGAGAAAGAUGGUGAGGUGGUGGAGAGGCGGCGGCGGGCUACUGCGAAAAGCAGCGGCGCCGCUGUGGCGGCGAAACGUGGUCGGCGGAUACCACACGAUUGAAGCAGUCCCGAGGGAAUACACCGGUAGCCGAGUCGCGACUAAGGAGCGAGCUGCCGGCCGGAUCCCGGCGGUGGUCAUCGCUCCCGGCCAAGGUGGCAUACCUGUUUCUAGGAAGCAGCUCCUGACCUUUGACAAACAUCAGAUUGAUUAUCUUCUCCGCGACUCGCCAUUCUUCACCUCGACUGUCUUUGAUCUCCAAAUCCGAGCCGGCGUCCGGUCCGGCGUGGUGCUUCAGUCGGGCAAUGUCCUCCCCAUUAAAGUUCACAAGAAUGAGGAAACAGGGCAGAUUCUUAAUUUGGUAAUGACGUGGGCAGACGAGGGCUCGGCACUGAAGGUGGAUGUUCCAGUUGUCUUCAAUGGUGAGGAAAUUUGUCCUGGUCUUAAGAAAGGUAGGGUUUCGGCUUCACUUUUCUUAGUUGAUUGCGUGGUCUUGCUUUUCCAUUCGAGUUAGUGCCUAGAAAGCUGU